CUUAAUCUACUUUUUUCUGUAUUUUUGUGCCUAAAUGUUGUGUGUUUUGUGGGGAAUCUGUACAAUGAACCGCCUUGGGUGUACGGGGAGUGUUUGGGUUAUCCUGCAGUCCGGGAACUUAAGUUAGCUAUAAGCUUUGUUUACGUAUUAAUUGUUUCGGACUGUCUGCGAUGACCUAAGCCCAAUUGCUCAUAGCUUUAUCUUAUAAAGUGUCCUUGCAGAGCUGCUAAAAUUAUGGAUUAAUAAUAUUUACUUAAUAUAAUCAUCCCUGAGCUCUUUUAUGAGCAUUUUUCUAUGAAUUUUUGUGUGGAUAUUAAAAUAUAUAUUUUGAGGAACUUAAAUUAAAUGAAGGAACAUAAAUUACAUUUACGAAACUUUUUUUUUUAAUGUCAAGAGAGAGACGUCGCACUAUUUUUGCCGCCUCUCUGAUGCCAAACUUUUUAUUGACAUUUUAUUUGUAAAUAUUAAAGGAUUAGGAGCUAUUAUAAAAUAUCUAGGAAUUUUGAAAUUAAAACAAAACCCUUAAACAAAAUGACAGUACCAUAAAAACCCGAGCAAAUAGAACAAAAAAAUGAAAUAAGAAUAGAAAAAAAAAUAUUAAAAAACUCCGCACACAUAACCUUUAACCACAAGAACACACCUAACACGCCAUGGAUGAGGAGGAGGACACUGACUACCUGCCGCCAUGGAACACCAACACCUUAGGCGUACCCAACGAUCCGGCCUUGAUCGCCGUCUAUGAGCUGUAUAAAUCCCCAAUACAUGCCAACCGCCUUCUGCUCACCGAACGGAAGCGUGUGACCUUCGCCGAGGCCUUGAAUGGGCCCAGUAGUGUGCCCACCUUGGCGGAUCUGUGCGUCCGGCAGCUGGCAAAGAGGGGCACCGCCCACAUGACAGCUGACGUGCUCGAGAAUCCGCUGAAGAUGCGCAUUUACUACGAUUCCCUGGACGUGGAUACACCCCUGCGCGAGUGCUACUCCGUGCAGGACCAGAGUUUUUGGCGACGCGUCGUCCUCGCCAAGUCUACCGACAAGUGUCUGGCGAUGAAGGGAUUGAACGGGUACGACUGGCGCGGCAAGGGACUAAGCCUGAAGUAUGUGGAGCUGGUAGAAGCCUGUCCGGCGGCUAUUUGGCCGGAAAGGGAGAUGACCAGGCUAGCGCUGUUGAUUCGAGACGACGUGCGCUACAUGGACAUUCGACACUUGCAGUCCCAGUCUGAGUUUAAAUUCCGAAAAGCGGGUCUGGACGAUGACAACACGGAUCCCAUUAUUAGUUCUGAGGAGACGCAGGGCAUGGACAUUUCCAGUGAUGAGCCCGACACUCUGGACGAGGCGGAGGGCGAGGAAGAGGAGGAGGACGAUAACAUAGAGGACGUUGGCAUCACAUUCACAUUCGACAAACCUGUGACCGCCAACAAAGGAGAUGAUCCACAUAUAGAGCAAAAACGAUUGCGACAUGAACGAAAUGCCGAACGACAACGGCUGCGGGACAUCAAGGAAGCCCAGCGGGAAGCGCGAAAGGCACGCCAGGCUACCAGCUUGGUGAAUCAGAAGCCAGAGGAACCGCGUCGCAAACGACGGCGCAAGCAGCGGAUCACGGGCGCCUUCGACAUCCGAGUGGAUCCGGAGCCGGAUGAUGGGGACGACAAGGUGAUGGACAAACGCAACAAGCAGCGUUACCUGGACCACCUCAAGAAGUUCGAGUAUCCGGAGGAGGACUGCUCCCAUAUCGACCUGAGCUUCGUGGGCCACUUUGACAAUCUAAUCUCGUUGACUCUGGAGUUUCUCGGCCCUGCCGAACUGGGCAGGGACUACCACAAGCGACACUUGCUCUUCUCCGUACGGGACAUGGUGCAUUUGGCCCGCGGUCUGGUGUACCUGGAGCAGCUGCAGAUCUUUCGGCUGCGCAACAGCCAUUUGGACCACUUGAAGCUCUAUUCGCUGUGCCGGGUGCUGCGAUCUUUGCCUGCUCUGGAGGUGGUGGACUUUGGCUACGACCAGAUGACCGACGAUUGCGGUCCACUUCUGGGCCUUCUUCUGGAUCGUCCACGUAUGCUGAGCUCCUUGGAAUUGGAGUUCAACCGCCUGGACACACGGGCCAUGUUGGCCAUUGGCGAAGCACUAAAUCGACCAAGCCAAGUCAAACUCCAGUACCUGGGACUCGGGCACAACAAUCUGGGACCCGAGGCCCUGACCGUUCUGUUGACCCACCUAAAGGGCACCGAGCACGUUCAGGAGCUAGAUGUCUCCGGGAUCAAGGUGAAUGGCAGGUAUUUCACUAAUGAGAUCACCGAAUUGAUACGCCACCAUGAACCACUGCGCCGACUUAAGAUGGUGGCCGUGCCACUGUCCGCGAAUCUAGGAAGGCAGCUGAUCUGCAGCCUCAAUGCAAAUACCAAGAUCACCCACAUCGAUUGCCGUGGCUGCGAUCUGGAUUUGGAAUUGGAACUAGAGGCCGACAUAAUUGUCAGGCGAAACAUAUUUCUGUCCGAGAAUAGCUUCGUCUUGGACACCGAGAAGUUCCCGGAGACCCAUGAUUUGCUAGAGCAUGCCAAGACGCUGCAUCAUCCCAUAAUGGAGAAGGUGGUAAACGCAUCGGAACGGCGGGAAGAGUGUUUCCGCCACUAUCCGCGCUGGUCGCAAACCCCUUUACGUAUUGAGACUCCAUUGGAGGUCCAGGAAGAGGAAUCAGACUAUAAUAUUUGGGAGGCUAUGGGCGUCAUCCAGAAUAGAUUAACCACGCAGUCCACGCAACAGGACACAGCAGUUAAGCAUUCGCUAAGUAGUGUUUCGGUGCCACACAUCUACGAUCCGAACAGCUUUGAUCUGGAAGAGUUUCGACAGCAUGUCUACUUGCCGGGCCCGGGCAACAGAUACUCGUACUUCCAGAAGCAUAGAAACUCUAUAAAAUAAACGGACCUUUUCUGGAAUAUUUGCCCGAAAAUCUAAAGAUUUGUGAACUUGAACCAUGAAGAAACGUGUAAUACAAAGACACCUGAGAAUUAUAUUAAAUAUAUAUAUAAUAUAAGCAAGUUUUAGAGCAUUUCUUAUUUAAUAUUUUAAAUUAUAAAGUGUGCGCUAUUAAAUAUCCCGAAUUUCCGGAAUUUGGUAUUAUAUUAAAUUGAAAAUAUGAGAAAUAUAUUUUAGUUAAAUUAUAAAAAUUACGUACCUUAAACCCCAAUCGUGGCCUCUGCAAGGACAUUAAAUCCUUGGACUACCAGGGACAUGCACGUAGUAUCUGCUUAGUUGUGCUCUGUCUAUAUCUGUGCUUCUCCCUCUAUGUUGCGUUGCUUUGUAGCUUGAGUUGGUUUUACCCCCUUUUUAAGUUGCCAUCCUAAACCGAAAUCUCAACCCCAACACCCCCACCAUACACACACCAAUCUCUCACGCACACACGCAGUCAGCCUACUCUACCGGCUACAUUCUUUAGGUGCAAGCAGGCUUUCCCCCCUCACCAAAGUGUCUAGUUCCGGGAGCCGCACCUGGGAUUGUCCUUUUGCUUAGAAAUGAAAAAUGCAAGUGGCUAAGAAGAGCAAGAGCAAGCAGCAACUAACCCGUAACCCGCUCCCUGUGAUCCGUAAAGGCUGCUAACCAA